AUGCAGAGUUUCGAAGUCUCGUCGCGGGAUAAUGUGGCUGAUGCCUACGAACGCAAUUUGCCGCCCGUGGACGGAGGCAAAGGGGCCUGGUUGUUCUUAGCCGCAUGCUUCAUUAUCGAGGCGUUGAUCUGGGGCUUCACUUUCUCUUAUGGUAUUUUUCAGGAUUACUAUAGCACCCAUGAGCCAUUCAAAAGCUCGGGCGACACUGCUGUAGUUGGCACCUGUGCAAUGGGAAUUUCAUAUAUGCUCCUCCCUGUCGCAUUCGUACUGUUGCAGGCAGUCCCUCGCCUCAAGCUCUGGGCGGCUCCACUUGGUUUUGUGAUUAUGUGUCUCGCUCUCUCAUUGAGUUCAUUUGCCACCAACACCACCCAUCUUAUUGUGUCACAGGGCGUUGCAUACGGCAUUGGAGCCAGUUUGGCUUAUGCGCCAACAAUUGUCUUCAUGGAUGACUGGUUUGUGCAAAAGAAAGGUCUUGCAUUCGGGAUCAUGUGGGCCGGAACCGGCCUAUCUGGAGUAAUUUUGCCUGUUGUGCUGCAGUGGAUGCUUGGUGCUUUUGGUUAUCAAACCACAUUGCGAGCCUGGGCCAUUGUGCUUCUCAUCAUGGGUGGUCCGCUCCUAUAUUGGGUCCGCCCACGACUUCCAAUCUCUCGAAGGUCGCGCCCUCCGCCACUGGAUUUCCGCUUUUUGUGUAACAAAACUUUCUUGAUUUAUGAAGCAGGAAAUAUUCUCGAGGCAAUGGGCUAUUUCCUUCCCACAAUUUAUCUUCCAACUUAUGCGCGCAGCCUUGGUGCAACCGGCAUUAAAGCGUCCUUACCUGUCAUGCUUUUCAAUCUGGCCUCCGUGUUUGGAUGCGUGGUGAUGGGCUCUAUGGUCGACCGCUAUCACGCUACCACAUGCAUUCUCAGCUCAACUUUUGGCAGCACCUUUGCUGUGUUUUUGAUCUGGGGAUUUUCUGACACUUUAGCGCCGCUUUAUAUCUUUUCCGUUCUUUACGGCCUUUUUGCUGGCUCUUUCACUUCGACUUGGCCAGCAGUCAUUAAUGAGGUCAAGAAGAAGAGUAUAUAUGCAGAUAACAGUAUUGUUAUCGGCUUUCUUUCAAGUGGCAGGGGUAUUGGUAACAUUGUUAGUGGCCCUCUCAGCGAAGCAUUGCUUGAACCCAAUGCCUGGAAGGGUGUUGCCGCAAAGGCAUACGGAUCAGGCUACGGCCCUCUUAUCGUCUUCACGGGUAUCUCAGCCCUCCUUGGUGGUGUUGGAAUCAUUGCCAGAUCUUCGAGAUUCUCUUAA